AUGGCUUUCUUCGGAGAAGGACCCGUCGUAUCCCACCCGGGUCACGGCUUCGUACCCACUACCGGUGCCAAUAUCUGCGCCGGCAGGAGGCCACAGGAUACUGGAUCUGGCAAUAGACGCCGGAACAGGAGACGCAACGAGGUGUCCGAGACAAAUCAAAGGUCUCGGCCCUCACCCCCCUCUGGCCCCCGUGGUUGCCGCGGAGGUAAUAACCACCCUGCCAAUGGAAAUAACAGAGUACAGAGGCAGGGGCCCCGCCAGCCACAGGGGCCAGGGGGGCAAAACAACAGAUUCACCCCUCGGAGAAGUCGACGGGGUCCCGGUCCCCAAGGGAGGGGGCCCCAGCAUGGUGGCGCAAACAAUGCGCCUAGACACCCGGGUCAACGCCGUGGCCCUAAGCCACGGGUGUCCCGGGAUGGCGACACCAUCAUGCGCGACGCGCCCGCGCUUAACGUGCAGCCGGUGAGGCAGCGCGGCAUCUCCAAGCCUCGCCUCCCUCCUCAGGGGGACGUGGUGAUGGUCGAUGUGUUCACUGCGUCCCCACCAUCUGAAGUGGAGGACGUGGUGAUGCUCGACGUCUUCAUCACGUCCCCCUCCGUUGAACAACAAUUUGCGGCACUCGCCCUUGCCGCCCCACAAUUCGCCCCAAGUACAGGGGAGGAGCCUCAGGACAUCGAAAUGACUGAGGCCCCUCCCCUGUACUUCUUUUAA